CUAGGUAGGGUAGGGAUAGGAUGGAUCCAGAGUUGCACAAGGCGGCGGUGCAGGGGAGCGUGACAAGCCUGAGGAAGCUGGUGGCCGAGCGCCCCGGCAUCCUUGGUUCCAAGACGCCGCAGGGGAACACCGCGCUGCACAUCGCCACCGAGCUCGGCCAUGCCGGCUUCUUGAAGGAGGCCCUCGGUGUGGACUGCAAGCUACUCGCCACAAGGAACGCCGACGGCGACACGCCGCUGCACCUGGCGGCCAGGAUGGGGAAGUUGGACGUGGCGGAGCUGCUCGUCAGCCGCGCCAGCGCAUGGCGUGCGGAGCACUCCCCUGGGAGCGAGCAGGAGCCUCUGUUCAUGGCCAACAAGGCCGGCGACACCCCGCUACACGACGCGGUGAAGCAGGGCAGGAGCACCGUGGCGCUCAUGCUGUUGGCCGCCGAGCCCAGCGUCGGCCACACGCUCAACAUGAGGAAGGAGUCGCCGCUGCACAUCGCCGCCCGGGAGGGCCUCGCCGACGUCGUGGCCAAGAUCGUCCGCCAGCCCUGGGUCCACGAGAAGUUUGUCCCCUCCGACUCCACCAACGGCACCGCCCUGCACCAAGCCGUCCUCGGCGGACGCAUCCGUGUGGUGGAGAUGUUGCUUGACGCGACGCCGCAGGAGCAGAUCGGGCUGACGGACUCGAGGGAGAACAACGCGCUGCACUACGCGGCGCUCAAGAACAACGCCCGCGUGGUGAGGCUGCUGCUGAACCGGAAGGUGGAGCUGGCCUACAAGCGCAACCGCGACCUGCAGUCGCCGCUGCACGUGGCCGCCUGCAAGGGCUCGACGGAGGCCAUGGUGGAGCUGCUAAGGCAUUGCCCUGACGCGGCGGAGACGGUGGACAGCAACGGCAGGAACGCCUUCCACUUGGCCAUCAUCAGCGGCAGUGUGGACGCCCUCAAGUGCCUGCUCAAGCACGUCCGCCCCGAGGAGAUCGUCAAUCAUGUCGACCACGCCGGCAACACGCCGCUGCACCUCGCGGCUGCCCUGUCGCGCAUCCAGUCGACGCUGCUCCUGCUCAAGGACCGCCGCGUCAACCCCUGCGUCCUCAACCGGGACGGCCAGUCUGCGCGCAGUCUCCUAGAGAAGCGCGACACCACCGAGGAGAUGGACGCCUACGAGAUGUACAUGUGGAAGAAGCUCAAGGAGUCCGAGGCCUCCAGGUGCAAGAACGAGCUGCUGCCUCCGGUCGCGUCUGACCAGUGGGUGCGCAGACGGAGGGCUGGCAACGACGAGUUCAACGUCGGGACCUACACGCUGGUGGGCACGCUGAUCGCCACCGUCAGCUUCGCCGCCACCUUCACCAUGCCGGGGGGUUACAGCCAGACCGAGGGCACGGCCAUCCACGGCCACAAGGCGGAGUUCAAGAUCUUCCUCAUCUCCAACACCGUCGCCCUCUGCAGCUCCAUCGUCGUCGUCUUCUGUCCAACCAUGUGGGCGUGGCGGGACCCCGUCGAGGUCGAGCUCAAGCUCGAUCAGCUCAUGUGGAGACGCAGGCUCACAAACCUCGCCUUCCUUGCCAUGCUUGUCUCCUUCAUGACCGCCGUCUACAUCACCGUUGAGCCCACCACGAGGUGGCCUGCGUACCUUGUGAUCGCCAUCGUAGCCAGCACUCCCGCCGUCGUGUUCCUCACCCUUGGUAAAGAGACAUUCUACGUCCCACUAUAAUUACUCACUUUUAGGCUUUUAGCAAUGCAAUAUGUAAGCCUGAUUUUUAAAUUUGAUCAAGUUGAUUU